AUGACACAAAGGAGUAAAAGAGAGAAAGAUGGGAGUAUCAAAUAUGUUACUCUGGGAUGCGCACGUGGUGGGAAGGCACGGAAUAGGGCGUCAAAUGUCUCGAAACCUCGGCCAACAAGCAAGACAGAAUGCAAGGCAAGGAUGAAUGUGAUGUUCAAGAAUGGAAAGUUAUGUAUCACAUCAGUUUUUAACACACACAAUCAUGUACUCAGUCCAAGAAAAGCAAGAUUCUUUAGAUGCAACAAAGAAGUUAAUGAAUCAGUUAUGAGGGUGUUGGAUACAAAUGAUCAAGUUGGCAUACGAAUGAAUAAGAGUUUUCAAGCUAUUAUGACUGAGGCGGGUGGGUUUGAGAAUGUACCAUUUGGAGAAAAAGAUUUCCGUAACUAUAUUGAUAAGGCACAACACCUGCGUCUUGGUAAAGGUGGUGCUCAAGCAUUGCUGGAAUAUUUUAGAAGGAUGCAGUAUAAGAAUGAUGGAUUUUUCAGCAUCAUGGAGGUGGAUGAGGAGGAUAGGAUGAGAAAUGUGUUUUGGGCAGAUGCUCGUAGUAGAGGGGCCUAUAACUAUUUUGGAGAUGUGGUAACAUUCGAUACCACUUACCUGACAAAUAGGUAUGGCAUGCCAUUUGCACCUUUCGUGGGUGUAAACCAUUAUGGACAAUCAAUCCUUUUGGGUGCAAGCGUUAUUUCAAGUAAGGAUACAGAAUCAUUUGUAUGGUUAUUCAAAAGUUGGCUUGAUUGCAUGGAUGGAAAAAUGCCAAAUACUAUUAUUACAGAUCAAGAUCGCGCAAUGAAGACUGCGAUCACCAUUGUUUUUCCCAACACGCGACAUAGAUAUUGCUUGUGGCACAUAUUGAAAAAGGUCCCUGAGAAGCUUGGUUCCCAUAAUCAAUACCAAUUUGGCCUGAAAAGUAAGUUAUUAUCUUGUGUAUAUGACUCCCUUACUAUUGAGGAGUUUGAGAAUUCUUGGAACAUCCUCAAGGAUACAUUCAACUUGCAUGAAAAUGCAUGGCUGCAAAGUUUAUAUGCAGAGAGAGAGUUUUGGGUGCCUGUAUAUUUAAAGAACUCGUUCUAG